CCCCACAAUUUUCAAAGAGCGGAAACAUGAUAGGAACUGUUGUGUUGUUCUGUGUUUUGCAUCUCGCAGUAGGGAAAAAGAAUGUACUGUUUUUUGCUGUGGAUGACCUUCGACCACAGUUGACGUGCUACGAGGGCGCGGACUUCCCAUCGCCCGUCCACCCGCCGAUGCACACGCCUAACCUGGACGCCCUAGCCGGCAGAUCACUCCUUCUGAAGCGCGCCUACGUGCAGCAGGCUGUGUGUUCCCCUAGCCGGACGUCGCUCCUCACCGGCCGCCGACCGGAUACCACGCAUAUCUAUGAUCUUGUGCACUACUUCCGGAAACUUGGUGGAAACUUUACAACGAUUCCAGAGUAUUUCAAAAUGAAUGGAUACAUUUCCGCUGGAAUGGGCAAAAUCUUUCACCCCGGCGCAGCGAGCGGCCACGAUGAUCCAAUAUCCUGGUCUGUGCCGUACUUCCACGCCACAACUUACUGGGAAAACCGGGAUAACAGUUGGAAGGCGAUUCCUGACGGGAUGCUAAAGGAGAAACCGCUGGUAGACUUUCAGAUUAAGGAACAAGCGUUAAAAACACUUAAUGAGUUUACUUCCGGUGGGCAGUAUGAGGGAAAGCCGUUCUUCAUCGCCGUUGGGUUCCAUCGGCCACAUCUGCCGUUUGUAUUCCCCGAAUCGUAUCUGCAGUAUUACCCGGAAGAACAGAUACGACUUCCGACUAAUGAAUAUGCACCUGUGGACAUGCCGUCCGUCGCGUGGAGCGAAUACGGUGAGCUACGUACAUACCUCGACCAAGCCAAACUUAACGCUUCCGGUAACAUCAACACGUCACUUCCUGACGAUGACGUCAGAGCACUUAGGCGAGCCUACUACAGCGCGGUAAGUUGGACCGAUUCGCUUAUCGGCGAGGUGAUGGGAGAAAUGGAGAGUCUCGGCUUCGCAAAUGACACGAUCGUAUCUUUCUGGGGCGACCACGGCUGGCAGCUUGGCGAACACGGGGAAUGGUGCAAACAUACAAACUUCGAGCUCGCCACGCAUGCGCCGAUGAUGGUGCAUGUUCCGGGAAUGACGGAUGAUGGCAUAGUAACGGAGAAGUUGACUGAAUUUGUUGAUCUGUUUCCUACACUCGUCGAGGCCGCCGGGCUUGGAUCAAUGGACCUAUGUCCGGAAGUGUCUAAUAACGUGACCCUUUGCCGCGAAGGUGAAAGCCUAGUUCCCUUGAUGAAGAAUCCAAACGCUCCGUGGAAAGACGCUUCAUUUUCACAGUACCCGAGACUCCAGAACGGUACAAAAAUUAUGGGCUACACGGUACGUACGGACCAGUACCGGUACACGGAGUGGCCCAAGUUUAAUUAUGCUCCGGAAUAUAAACCUGUCUGGACAGACUUGUUUGGCGUGGAACUGUACGACCACAAAAUUGACCCAGAAGAAAACAGAAAUCGGGCGAAAGAUCCUGCUUACGCCGUGGUGGCACAAGGGCUCAGUAAGAAACUGCGGGCAGGAUGGAGGGCCGCUCGAUCCCCCCAACCUGGUCCAUAUUGAUGUACAGCAUGUUUUGUUGGUUUUGGAACUAUUAAAGGAUUUUUGAUAUCUUUGUUGUGAUGUAAUUUUUAUGAAAUAAAAUUUGUUGAAAAUAA